AUGGAAACAGCCAAAACUUUGACACAAAUCGUUGAGCUUCCAUUAUGUGACGAUCGCAUAAGAAUCAAUGUUGGCGGAAGUGUUUUCGAGACCUCCUUCUCAACCCUUACCAACGCAGAAGGCUCUGUGCUAUCUGCAAUGGCUAAGCGUGGACGGAAUCAGGAGGAACUCUUUAUCGAUAGGGACCCGACUUAUUUCGCAGAGCAGGUACUGAAUUACCUACGAGAUGGUAAAAGCUUUUGCUCUCCUAUAGACGACCAGGCUCGGGAUUUUCUACACAGAGAAGCUGAUCGUGAGUACUAUAAGCUUCCCGGUCUUGCAGAGAUGUGCCUGCGCACAGAGUUCCAGAUUGGAGAUACUGUACAAUGGAAUCAGACUGCCAUAGGAAUCUACUGGAAAUUUUUCGUCAGGUAUCAGUACCAUGAAAGAGAAUGGGCUGGAUGCAUGGCUUGCGGCGAUAAUGUGUUCGGCUACGUGGGCCAACCACCACUGAGAAUAAAGAGAUCCAGGAUGAGGUUGCGAUAA